UAUCACCUAACCAACGAUCGAAUAACAGAACCCAUUUUCAUUUGACAUUUUUAUUUCCCUCUCUCAUUUCCAACCUUUGACAGUUCAUAUUGUUUUUGAACCAAAAAAAUUCAAACCACCCUCUUUAUAUUUCAUCUUUUUAAUUCAUUAGCCUCUCACAGUCUCUGUUUCUCUGUGCUGUGUAUGGGAUUUUCCAGAAAUGAAGGGAUCAAAUGCUAAUUUUAAUCUUUAUAUCCAGCUUCUCUUCAUUUCUGUUUCUCUCUUCAUAGCCUGUUGUUCAAGUCUCCAGUUUGGAGAAACAUGUUCGGCUAUCGAUGACAAAUGCGACGGCGGAUUGAAAUGUGAGACUUGUCCUGCCAAUGGAAAUACCCGACCCAGAUGCACCCGGAUCCAGCCGAUGAACCCGACGUCAAAGGUAAAAGGUCUGGCAUUCAACAAAUAUUCAUGGUUAACAACCCACAAUUCUUUUGCUGAUAAAAACUUCAAACCACAAUUGGGUUCGGUUAUAUUGUCUCCUACGAAUCAGGAGGACUCUGUAACCAGUCAACUUGAGAAUGGAGUUAGAGGACUUAUGCUAGAUAUGUAUGAUUUUAUGAACGACAUAUGGCUAUGUCACUCAUUUGGUGGCAAAUGUUACAAUUACACAGCAUUUCAACCUGCCAUCAAUGUCCUAAGAGAGGUCGAUACCUUUUUGGCUGCAAAUCCAUCAGAGAUUGUCACCAUUUUCAUCGAGGAUUACGUGACAUCGCCACAAGGAUUGACUAAAGUUUUUAAUGCUUCCGGGCUUAACAAAUAUUGGUUCCCUGUAUCAAAAAUGCCUAAGAGUGGCGAAGAUUGGCCAAUCGUAGACGAUAUGGUUAAGCAGAACGAGAGAUUGGUGGUUUUCACCUCUAAAUCGGAUAAAGAGGCCACUGAGGGAAUUGCUUAUAAUUGGAAAUAUGUCAUAGAAAAUCAAUAUGGGGAUAACGGAAUCAUAGCCGGUUCUUGUCCAAGUAGAGCUGAAUCAUCUCCUAUGAACACAAAAACAAGAUCAUUGAUUCUCCAGAAUUACUUUCCAACUAAUCCUAAUGUAACUGAAGCUUGUGUAGACAAUUCAGCUCCAUUAAUCAGCAUGACCAACUCUUGCUAUAUAGCAGCUGACAAACGGUGGCCAAAUUACAUCACUGUUGAUUUCUAUCAGCUGAGUGAUGGUGGGGGUGCACCAGAAGCUUUGGAUAUGGUGAAUGGUCAACUUACUUGUGGAUGUGACAACAUUGCCUAUUGCAAGGCAAAUGCACCGCGUGGUACUUGUGACAUCCCGAAAAUCUCUCCUCCGCCACCUGCUGCUGCUGCUACCGGAAACUCACAAGUUCCGCCUCCUAGUUCUAGUAGUCCGGCCAAUGCUGCUUAUUUUGACGCCAGUCCAGUGCAAUUACGAUGGUUGCUGGGGAUUGUUUUGACCACGACACUGUCAUUGUGGCAUUAAUUAUACUCAUGAAUUGCCAUACCACGGUUUGUUGUCCCAUUUAUAGUACAUAAGAGAAUAAUUUAUGUUAAUGUGCUUUGAUUAUUUUGUUAAACUUAAGGGAUUUCCUUAGUCAUUCCCUCAAUUACAGGGGAAAUGGUUUACAAGAAUAAUGUGUUUCUAUUUAUCCUAUCUACCAGUUUUCAGAA